CUUUACCUGUGCGUCACGUGACCAGAACACCUAGGCGCCCGCUUCCGCAGCCUCCCUGAACACCACGCGUUGUUUUUAACGAGCUAUUUAUUGUAUUUUUAAGAGUGUGACCCGUCGGACCGGUCCGGCAGGUUUUUCGCUGGGCAGAGCAGGUGAGGCAGCUGGUGGGAGGGGGGCAGAAGGGCGGGGAGCCGCCGACUAUAGCUCUCUACAAGCAGGAAGAGAUAGGAAAACAUGGUACGGUGACAAAACGCCCCGGACACCGACUGAGAACAGGAUUCACCUUUUUUAAUCAAUUAUAGCAAGAGACCUGAGGUGCUAAGAUGAGUAGGCGGCGUGCAGACUCCCAGGGUUCCCUGGGGCCUGACGAUGAGGUCAUGCCGUACAGUGACGACGAGACAGAUGAUGAAUUGGACGCAAGCUCUGAAGGAGAAGAACCACAAGAAGAGCCACCCGGAGCCCCUCAUGUCCCUGUGGAAGCUAGACCCAGCGAGAUGGGAUGGAAGGUGAAAGCCAACGACCGACCUUAUCACCACCUGCCAGAGUUCCAGAAAACAGUCCUCCUGUGCAUCAAGAAGAGCAGAUACUCCGGAAACGCCAUCAAGACGUACAAGUACAACGUCCUCACUUUCAUCCCCCUGAACUUGUACGAGCAGUUUAGGAGAGCUGCCAACCUCUAUUUCCUGGCUCUGCUCAUCCUACAGAUUAUUCCAGAAAUUACCACUCUGCCCUGGUACACCACAUUGAUUCCUCUGGUCGUGGUGCUGGGAGUUACUGCCAUCAAAGACCUGGUGGAUGACCUGGCACGGCACAGGAUGGACAAGGAGAUCAACAACAGGAAGUGCGAGGUGCUGCUGAAUGGCAGGUUUGACGAGGCAAAGUGGAGGAACAUUGAAGUUGGAGAUGUGGUCCGUCUGAAGAAGAACGAUUUUGUUCCGGCUGACCUCCUGCUGUUAUCCAGCUCCAACCCAAACAGUCUGUGCUAUGUAGAAACGGCAGAGCUCGACGGAGAAACCAACCUGAAGUUUAAGAUGGGACUCCGAGUGACUGAUGAGAGACUGCAGGAGGAACGUCAGCUGGCUGAGUUCAAUGCUCUGAUCGAGUGCGAAGAGCCGAACAACCGCCUGGACAAGUUCGUGGGGACGAUGCUGUGGCAGAGGGAGCGCUACCCUCUGGACCUGGACAACAUGCUGCUCCGAGGCUGCAAGAUCAGGAACACAGAGGAGUGUCACGGGCUGGUAAUCUACGCAGGAGCCGACACCAAAAUCAUGAGGAACGGCGGGAAGACGAGGUUCAAGAGGACUAAAAUUGAUGAGCUGAUGAACUACAUGGUUUACACAAUCUUCGUGCUGCUGAUCCUGGUGGCAGCAGGUCUGGCCAUCGGGCACAGCUUCUGGUACGAGGAAGUCGGCUCCCAUGCCUGGUAUCUGUACGACGGCAAAGACCAGGAUGCCUCCUACAGAGGCUUCCUCAGCUUCUGGGGAUACAUCAUCGUCCUAAACACCAUGGUGCCCAUUUCACUAUAUGUCAGUGUGGAGGUGAUCCGUCUGGGCCAGAGUAAGUUCAUCAACUGGGACCUGCAGAUGUAUUUCUCAGAGAAAGACACACCAGCAAAGGCUCGAACCACCACCCUGAACGAACAGCUCGGUCAGAUCGAGUACAUCUUCUCUGACAAGACGGGAACUCUGACCCAAAACAUCAUGCAGUUCAAGAAGUGCACCAUCGCCGGACGCACCUACGGUGAACCGACCACUGCUGAGGGAGUGACACUGGACAGAGGAAGGCCGGUGGACUGGAACUGGAACCGCUUCGCUGACAAAAAGUUCCAGUUCAUGGAUCAUUCCCUGGUCGCGUGCAUUCGGUCCGGGAAGGAUAAAGAUGUUAUGGAGUUCUUCAAACUGCUCUCCCUCUGCCACACAGUCAUGGUGGAGCAAAAAGACGGUGAACUGGUGUAUCAGGCAGCAUCUCCCGAUGAGGGCGCCCUGGUGACUGCCGCCAGGAACUUCGGCUAUGUGUUUCUGGCUCGCACACAGGACACCAUCACCAUCACCGAGAUGGGGCAAGACGCGACCUACGAAAUGUUGGCGCUGCUCGACUUCAACUCCGACCGCAAGCGCAUGUCUAUCAUCUUGAAGUUUCCUGAUGGUCGUAUUCGUCUUUACUGUAAAGGAGCCGACACCGUCAUCUAUGAGAGACUUUCCCCAGACUCCAGACACAAAGAAACUACCCAGCAAGCUUUGGAUAUCUUUGCCAACGCAACCUUGCGGACACUGUGCUUGUGCUACAAAGACAUCAGCGCCACCGAGUAUGCCACCUGGUCCAGGAACCACAAAGAAGCCCAGGUGACCAUGUCUAACAGAGAUGCUGCCCUUGACCGAGUGUACGAGCAGAUCGAGAACAACCUGCUGCUAAUUGGGGCAACAGCCAUCGAGGACAAAUUGCAGGACGGAGUACCGGAGACCAUCGCCACACUGGCCAAGGCUGACAUCAAGAUCUGGGUCCUGACUGGAGAUAAGAAAGAAACUGCAGAGAACAUUGGAUACUCUUGUUCACUGUUGACGGACGACAUGGAGAUCCACUAUGGAGAAGACGUCAAUGAGAAGCUCAGGAUUCGUCAGGCCCACAGAAGAAACGAGCCAGCGGCUGUCGGUCGUGGCAGAAAGAAACUUACGGAGCCUUUCUUCCCCUUGCCGGGCAAAAACGCUCUGAUCAUCACCGGAGGCUGGCUAAAUGAGAUUCUCUACGAAAAGAAGAAGAAGCGCCGUCGUCUGCGUCUUCGCCGUCUGGGAAAGCGACCACCACCCGCCGUCCCUCAGGAUGGACAGCCGAUGGACGACGAGGAGAAGGAGCUGAGACAGGUUGACUUUGUGGACAUGGCUUGUGAGUGCGAGGCGGUUAUCUGCUGUCGCGUCACACCUAAGCAAAAGGCCAACGUGGUGAGUUUGGUGAAGAAGUACAAGAAAGCUGUGACGCUGUCCAUUGGAGAUGGAGCCAACGACGUCAACAUGAUCAAGACUGCAGACAUCGGCGUUGGUAUCAGCGGUCAGGAGGGAAUGCAGGCUGUCAUGUCCAGUGACUACGCCUUCGCUCAGUUCCGUUACCUCGAGCGCCUCCUGCUGGUGCACGGACGCUGGUCCUACAUCCGAAUGUGCAAGUUCUUGCGAUUCUUCUUCUUCAAGAACUUCGCCUUCACACUGGUUCACUUCUGGUACUCCUUCUUCAGUGGAUACUCCUCACAGGUCGCCUAUGAAGACUGGUUCAUCACUCUCUACAAUCUGUGUUACAGCAGCUUGCCUGUUCUACUAGUUGGACUUCUUGACCAGGACGUUAACGACAAACUGAGCCUAAAAUUCCCGAAGCUCUACCUACCCGGCCAACAGGGGACGUUGUUCAACUACAGGAACUUCUUCAUCAGCUUGUUUCACGGCAUCUUCGUCUCGCUCAUCAUCUUCUUCAUCCCUUACGGAGCCUUCCUUCAGACCAUGGGACAGGACGGAGAAGCUCCCUCUGACUACCAGUCUUUGGCCGUCGUCACCGCCUCAUCGCUCGUUUUUACCGUCAACCUGCAGAUCUCUCUGGAUACCUCCUACUGGACCUUCGUCAACUGCUUUGCAGUUUUAGGCAGCAUAGCCAUCUACUUUGGCAUCAUGUUUGACCUCCACAGUGCCGGCAUCCACGUCAUCUUCCCCUCAGCAUUCACUUUCACCGGUGCAGCAUCGAAUGCUCUGCGUCAACCCUACCUGUGGUUGACCAUUAUCCUGACUGUGGGCAUCAGCCUGCUGCCUGUCAUCUGCAUUCAGUUCCUCCAUAAAACCAUCUGGCCCUCUGUAGGAGACAAGGUCCAAAGAAACAGGAAGAAGUACGAGAUGGAGAUGAAAGAGGAGGAGAAGAAGAAAAGGCCGCCAGCCUUCGAGCGCGGCCGGCGUUCCCGCCGCUCUGCCUACGCCUUCUCUCACUCCCGCGGCUACGCCGACCUCAUCUCAUCUGGGCAGAGCAUUCGGCGGCGGCCACAAUUACGCGGCGGACCCCAGGACAGCAUCAGGGAGGCACCACACAGGGAGGCUGAAAACAUCUGAUGAGGGAGCUGAGCAGGAGAUGGAGCAGAACUGUAGCUAGGGGAGUUAUAUUUGGGAAAGUGCAAGAAGUGCUUGUCUUUAUUGUCAGUCCUUGCUAAACUGUCAACACCAGAAGCGACAGCCUGGUCGGAGUUUAAUUGUACCUCUUCCUUUUGGGUAUCUAAGUGCCUGGAAAAGUGCUCCUAAAAUCGCUCGUCCUUUUAGAAAUGAAAUGAGGGCCAUGGUUUGUCACCAGUGUGUUAACCUGACUGCAGGAAUGAAGCACUACUGAAUGUGUUGCUCCAGUGUGUGGUCCUGACUCCACUGUCUCCAGUUCCUCCUCUAUGCACUAACUCUCUUUGUUAAAAAUCAAAUGGGGGGGGGGAAAAAAAAAAAAAAAAAAAAAAAAAAAAAAGCUCACCGAAGAGACAACCGCCGAUACCGGGGUUUUGAGGUCAUGCAGCAACUGUGUGACUGACAAUGUUGUUUAACUCAGGAUUUUUAAAAUAAAAGCUUUAUUUUUAGCCAGUUUGUCCCUUCUCACCACUCCUGUGGUUGGAUAUGUAUGUAACAUUGUUUAAUAUGGUUGGUUUUGACAUUUGCAGUUUUAGCCCAUUGACUGUGCACUUGAUGUUUAAAGUGUUUUAUUAAAAUUAAAGAAUAUAUAUAGCUGGCAGUUUGUCCAUUAGCUACACAUUAUCAGACCACAGCAUCUGCUAGUUUAGUUUUAUUUCCGUCCGUUAAUGCAAAUCAUUUUCCUUUGCAUCAAAACAAUGGGCUAAAACUAAAAAUGUCUUUUAAUGUUUUAUCAUAAAUAAUGGUGGAAUGUUACUAUGCCAGGAUGCAAGGUUGGUUGGAUGUUAUAAAGUGUGUCUUAAUUUAAAAAUAAGUUGUGAAGUGAUAUUUUCUCACCAGCUUCAUCAAAUGUCCCAAGUGUCCUUACAGAAUGGUGUCCUAGACAUUGAUUUAAGGGACAAACUUUCCCUUAAAUGUCUCAUUUAAAGCUGGAUCCUAAUAUCAUUUUUGUUUCUUUUUUUUAUAUAUUUCCAAGGUACUGUAAACAGUGUCUUCCUUCAACAACUGUGUCACAAUUUCUUGUAAGUUUGUUCUUUUCUUUUAACGUUUAUAGAUUUUCAGAAGUCAAAUGGAAUGCACCUUAAGUGGUAAAGUUAAUGAGGAAUUUCUGUGUGUCACUGGUUGUUUACAACGAACCCAAAGAUGAUGUGUGUGCUUUCUCCAGUCCUAUAAUCAAAUGUAGGAUAUUCGCUAAACAGUGCUAAGCCAAAACUGACAUUCCUGUUCUGACUGUUACUGUAUCCUUUUCAUGUUAGUGUUACUGUAUGCAGAUGAUGUCUUUUUAUUAUUGAAUGAAUGGAAGCAGUAGAUGAGGACUGCUGCUGAUUGUACCAGCAACAGUUUGGUCUCUGUCAUAUGAUGGUAUUUUAUCAUACGGUUGUAAAUAAAAGCCAUGAUCACAUU